AGGCUGCAGCCCCCUCUCCCCACCCUCCCCACGACAAGCCCCAGUGCCGGGAGCACGAGCACCCACGAGGGUCGCACUACCCAGUCUGACCCUCUCGCCUCUCACCUUUCUGACUUCCUACUCUGAGGCAAAAAUUGAGACUCCCCCCCUGAGGGUCCUUCAGGACAGGUUGUACUGAUGUGCGCUGCCUCCUGAGACUUUCUGCCUCACCCCCGUCCCCCCAGGGGCAGCCAUGUCACAGUUCUCUACCAUGACGACCCAGGAGAGGAAAAUGCAGGCGGCAGCAAUCUGCAAGGAGGUUCAAGCCCAGGAAGAUAUAGAGAUGGAUCUUGGGAAGAAAAUGAGCGUGCCUAAGGACAUCAUGCUGGAGGAGCUGUCUCUCGCCUCAAACCGGGGCUCCCGUCUCUUCAAAAUGCGCCAGAGACGCUCAGAAAAAUACACUUUUGAGAGCGUCAGGAAUGAAAACAACAAGCAGCUCAAUAACGCAGUGAUUUCUCAAACGGAGAAUGAGAAUGCCGUGGACAGCCACAGUGGCCAGAACAACUUGGGUGUCGACCAACCACCUAACGUGCAGUCAGACACACAGGAUACAGGAAUGGUGCCAAAUCCAGAAAGUAUCGCCCCAGGGUAUGGAGGUCCUUUGAAAGACAUCCCUACAGAGAAGUUCAACUGUACGGCCGUGCCAAAGUCCUACCACUCACCCUGGGAGCAGGCCAUCAUCAGUGACCCGGCAUUAGCUGACACUCUCAUCUCCCGCAUGCCUGAGCCAGAGGCCCGACCAGAAAUACCAGGGUACAAAAGUUUCAACAGGGUGGCAACCCCGUUUGGUGGCUUCAACAAGACACCCAGACCUGCUCCCAUCAAGCCACUCCAGGUGGAACCCCUCCCCGACUUCCCUGAGCUACAGGGGGAGACGGCAGUAAAUCGACCCUCCUUCAACAGAUCCGCUCUGGGCUGGGUGUCGGCAGGCGGUCCAGUCAUCCUCCCUACUGUUCCACUUGAGCCUGUGCUCAUCCCUGAGUCAGAAGACCUUUGAACCCAAAAUGAAGUCACACAGAGAUGCUGUAGUUGAUGCACCCAAGGUUAUGGUGGGCGGGGAAAUGUUUGGGUCAGAUCAGAGUCAGGGUGAGAGAAAGCGUCCUGUUGGGCGUUCCUGGUUGAAGUUACCAUGUGUGCAGCAGCCCUUGGUUUCCCAGGGAUGUUAGCUGUUGCACUGUACUCAAAAAUGAAUUAAUCAGGAGUUAAUGUACAGUAGGCAGAGACACUACUGGAAUAAAUAGAAUUUGUUGUAUAUUAAUGUGCAUAAGAGUAUUUUAUCUUGCAGACACAAGUUUUGCUCAAUAAAGUGGUGAGGAA